AUGGUUUUCAACUUUGCCAGACUCUUUCGACGUCUGAGGCCUGCUCAUCCCGAGAUCGGUCCUGCGCAUCUCCCAGAUAAUAUCGCCUCAUACACCGAGGACCUGAUUACCGAACCCGCCACUGACCAAUCACCAGACAUUCAAGACGAUCCUCCUAUCCAUUCCCAAGCUCUCGGCAUUGAUGCUGCAGUUACUCAAGCCGAGUUCGAUCAAGAUGUCACUUUUGUUAAUGAGACUCCUAUUGUCGACUUUACGUGGGAGUAG